AUGUCUAUUGUGUCAGGGAGGCCGCAGCCACGAGUCUCGUGGUGGAGAAACAGCGAGCUUAUCGACAACUCGUACGAGGUGUUGUCUGAGCGGAGAGUCCGCAACACGCUGCAUCUCGAGAACCUCAAGCGGCAAAGUAUACACGACACUUACACGUGUCAAGCGUCCAACAACAAUCAGGUCCAUCCGCUGUCUGCUAACCUCAGUACUACAAAGGACGAGAACGUGACUAUUAGCUCAUUGUCCUUUGUCCCGGGGAUGGAAGAUUCCGGGAAGUUCCUUACUUGCAGGGUCGGAACAACCCCUCACAUUGUCGAGGAUGGUUGGAAACUCAACAUUCAUCACUUCUCCAAGGCCUUUGACAGGGUCAGCCACCCUCACCUUCUUGCUAAACCGUCGUCUCACGGGAUCCACGGCCCAUUGUUGGACUGGUUUUCGUCUUACCUCUGUGGCCGGAAACUGGUGGUGAAGUUUGCCUCCUGUACCUCAAGAUCGUUCUCUGCUACAUCUGGCGUCCCCCAGGGCUCACAUCUUGGCCCUGUACUCUUCAAUAUCUUUAUUAAUGACAUCUCAAGAGUCAUUCAUGUCAAGCACCUCUUGUUCGCUGAUGACAUCAAGCUGUAUUCAACCAUCAAUUCAAUCGAUGACUUCUAUGACCUCCAGGAUAGUCUUUCUGCUGUGGAGAGAUGGUGUGGCGAGAACUGUAUGGCUCUGAACACUUCAAAAUGUGUUAUCAUGACUUUUCACCGGACCUUGGCUCCCAUAUUCCACAACUAUGGCUUGAAUGGGUGCAACCUUGACAGAGUCUUCGAGAUUAAGGACUUUGGUGUUAUGUGCACUGCUUCCUUGAGUCCAGAAAAGCACGUACUCUAUAUAAGUGCAAAAGCAAAUAAGAACUUAGGUCUUAUUACCCGAUAUUCACGAUCCUUUUCGUCACCAUUGGCACUGAAAACCCUCUAUUGUCACCUCGUCAGAUCACAUUUAGAAUACUGCUCAGUAGUGUGGUCCCCCUACCAACUCUAUCUUCAGGAGAGACUCCAGUCAAUACAGACUCGGUUUAUCCGCCUAGUGGGUCUUCGUCUUGGAUACCGCUACGCAGAUGUUCCAGUGUGCGCCUUGGCAGCUGUCUUGGAUCUUCGUACGCUAGUGUAUAGAAGGAAAGUAUUCGAUCUGAUGUUCCUACAUAGACUGGUCAACGGAGAGAUACUCUGUCCGGAGUUGCUUGAGCGGAUUAGCUUCCACGUCCCAGGAGGGGGUACCAGAUCGAGGGAGCUGUUUGCUAGGUCUUAUCAUGCUACGCUCUAUGAACAGCACAGUGCCAUCGCUCGCAUACAAGCCAUGGGAAACUCUCUGCCACCUGAAAUUGAUUUCUUCAACUGUAACACCACAUGUUUCAGGAGAUUGAUCAGCUCGCUUCCACUUGAUUAG